UUCCACUGUGUAAAAGUUGUACCUGUACCUGCUUUCGGGUACUUUUUUUCGUACCACCUCCGGCGAGGUUCUGAGCGGGCUGAGGCGAUACUAAAAUGUGACGUAAAAACAAUGCCGACUGCUGAUUGGUCAGAGAGAAUCGUCACUAUUCACUGCGUCAUCAUUGCGCGCGCCAGACGGAGUAGCCAGAAUAACCCCGCCAUUUUUAAAUAGUUUAAAAAGUAAACACAGAUAUAGCCUACAAAACUAUUAUUAUGGCAACUCGGAAGAAUACGCCGUGGUCAAACGAGGAGGUGCAGACUUUUCUUUGUUUGGUUGCCGAAGAAAGGAUCCAGCGAGAGCUUGAUGGGGCAACGAGGAACGAAAAAGUUUAUCGAGAAAUCUCCGAACUGCUGUCCACACAUGGCUACAACAGGACUUUCCAGCAAUGUAGGGAAAAGUUAAAAAAACUGAAAAGUGACUACAGAGCUGUAAAGGACCACAACGGCCGCAGUGGUUCAAACCAGCUGGAAGUGGUAUGAACAGAUGGACGGUAUCUACGGCCAUAGACCGGCGAGCAACGGGGGGGGAGGGUGGACUUGACUCGGCCACCAGUUUGUUGGAGUCGCUGAUGGAGGAUGAUUCAUUUUCGACGAGGGAGAAUGGUUCAGUGACACCCACUGAUGCCACGUUGGCACCAGAACCAGCGGCACCAUCGACACCAACAAGAUCAGUAGCGUCGACACCGGCAACCGGACGGAGGAAACGAAAGAGGGAACAGGAGCAUCUGACUGUCCUGAGGGAGAUGCAGACAUCGGAUGUCGAGCAGCUGGAGUUGAACCGGGUUCCAGCUCACCCUGUUUUUAUAUUUGCAUACUCGCUAGUGUUUCUUGUCAGUCUGGUGCUGAAUUGGAUCACAGUGCGAGUGUGUUUCUGCACGAAUCAGCGCGCCCAGUCCAGCGUAACAGUCUACCUGAAGAAUCUAGCCUUAGCGGACUUCUUCCUUUGUCUUUGUUUACCUUUGCGCAUUGCUAACUAUGCCAACUAUUCAGUAACAAUGCGCAAUAUAUACUGCAGUUUUGGAGCAACGGCUUUCUAUUUAAACACAUAUGCAAGCAUUCUCUUCAUGGACUUUAUUGCUGCCAACAGGUACCUGAAGAUUGUCCGGCCAUUGGAGAGUCAUGCUCUGCAGACAGUUCGUAUCGCCCGCCAAAUAUCCGUAGCAACGUGGCUCUCCUUGUUAGUCAUGGCCUCCGUCUACUUAAUCAUCUUUCUCAAGACUUCCUGGGGAGACAUUCAAAUGCCAGGAGAAAUUGGAUGUGAUUCUUUACACAGUCCCCAGCUCAGGGUGGUCUACAAAAUUACCCACUCUGUGUCCAUGGUGCUCUUUGUUUUUGUGCUGGUUUCUCUGAUUCUGCUGUACUGUCGGACUUUGCAAAAGAUCAGACAAUCUCAGUUGUCUACACAGGUUACAUCCCGAAGCUAUAAGUUCAACAGGUCUAAACGUAACAUGUUAGUGCUAGUGGUCGUUUUCUGUGUGUGCUUUGUGCCCUAUCACCUGGUGAGACUGCCUUAUGCAUUCAUCAAAAAAGCACAGAAGGAACAUUGUACAACAGCCCAGGCAUUCUAUAUCCUGAAGGAGUUGACUGUCCUGCUUUCAGUGCUAAAUGCCUGUUUGGAUCCACUUAUAUACUUUAUCUUCUGCAAGGCCUUCAGAGCCCAGCUGAGUCUCAAGAAGAAGAAAGAUAAAGGACAGCAAAGGCAACUGAGCACCAUGCUGAGCGAUACAAUCACAAAUGCUAAGAAGUGAAAAUGUGAUUUAAAUAAAUAUAUAGCAGAAUUAUAUUUUUUCCUACUCACUCUUUCAUUUUCUGAGAAACUUUUAGUUCCUGGAAGAACUCUAAAGACCUCUAGACACAUUUCCUUCAGUAACCCCGAGAAAGACUUCAAGGCUCUUGAAAUGUAUUUUGAUGUUCCUUGAGUACACAAAUAAGAUAAUUGAUGAUCCUUUAAAGCAGCGGUCCCCAACCUUUUUUGCGCCGCGGACCGGUUUAAUAUCAGACAAUUUUUUCACGGACCGGCCUUUAAGGUGUGGUGGAUAAAUACAACAAAAUAAAACGAUACGAUCGGCAUAAAAACUGGGGUAUUAUUUAAAUAUAAUAAUAAACGUGAAUCCAAUGUGUAGAUACUCGCAACUUUAUUAGCAGCGUCUUCGUAACAUCGCACCAACAACAUAACAUGAAUAACAUCCUCUCUGCCCCCUAACGCACUCUGGUCGCUAUGGUAACAUUUAAACAUGCCUUCAAAAUAAGAUACACCACAAAAACAAAUAUAAAGGGCAUGAAAAAUACAACUCACCAUAACGCUCAAUCAGUGGGAGCCCUGAGCCUGUUUCUCUGUAACGAGACGGUCUCAUCUAGGGCUAAUGGGAGACAAGGACACCCGAAGAGUGUUGCUUAUGUCCAGUCUACUCCGUAGUUUUGUUUUGGUUGCUGUCACUGCCGAAAAUAUUGAAAAAUAAAAUAGUGAAUGGUUUCUUAGCCUUAGCAAUACGGUAAGCCACCAAGUAUGAUGCUCUCAGUGCACUCGCAUUUAUUGAUGUGGUGGCCCUCAGCAAUUGCUUCUGGCCUUCUUGUUCAAACUUUUUUCUUUCAAAAUACUCAAAAGGCUUGUCUUUUAAUGGUCUCCAAGUGGCGAAGCAGUUUUGAAGGCUUCAUUGCCUCAUUAGAGAGCUGGUUGCCACAUAUUAUGCAGAGCGGGCUUGGUGCGUGUAAAUCACCUGUUGCGAUAAAUCCAUAUUUCAAGUAGGACUCCUGGUAUUGUCUGUUAAAUGCAGCUUUCUUUUUCUUGGAAGUCAUAGGCUCUUCUUCAGUCUCCUCACUGGGCCGUUUCCCCUUCGUCAAGAAACUUUCCAGAGACGUUUGUUUUUUACUCAUUUUGCUAGAUUGUGGGUUUAUUUUUAGCGGUACCGUAUCACGUGACCGAGACAAGCUUUGCUAUGCGCCAAGAGUGAGUCAUAGACGGAUGUAACGGAGAGAUUUUAUUAUUUUAAAAUUUUUUAUUUUUCAAAAUAAAACAUCGUUCAGACUCAGAUAAUAAAUAAAAUAAAUUAAAAAUAAUUACAUUUUUUUUUUUUGGAAAUAAUGUGAGUUAUUUAUUCUUUCUGUACCAAAUGACCCACGGACCGGUACCGGUCCGCGGCCCGGGGGUUGGGGACCGUUGCUUUAAAGGGUGUCUGGAGAAUCUCCAGAAGGUUCAGCCAGUAUUAUAUCUGACCCCCAAAUCAUGCCUUGAUUAUCUGUACAUUUUGACUAUCACUUGAUUUCAGUGGAAAAAAAAUAUUUCUAUUUCUGUCUAAUAAAUCUAAUAACCUCAUAGCAAGGGAUUCAUUUGAAAGACUCAACACACCAGAUGAAACCAAAACAUUUAGUCUACCUCAAGUUCAACUUUGGCCUUUUCUGCCUUUCCUAUAUGUAGUUGUGGAUGUUGUUUUUUCACAAUGUACAGUGCAUUACAGGAAAUAAAGUUAUA